GUCAAGUUGAGCAAUGAUGUGCCUCCCCUGUGUGUGCACGUUGGUAGCCCACAUGUCAUGUGUCACUUAAGAGGUCUAGCAAGCUGCAGGAAGUCAUUUGUAGAUGAAGAGGCGUCCCAACAUGAGCGCUCCUUCUUCUGUCUACGUGAUCGACGGCGCCCCCACAGCCCCCCCACUGCCACCCCGAGCAGGCCGGGGAAGAAAGUCUGGACGACUGACUCAAAAUAUUCUCUUCUUGCUCGUGAGCGUGGCCUUAAUUGGCCUCAUCCUGGAGGCUGUGCUCAUCUUCUACAUGCACCCUGCAAGUCCAACUAAGCCAACAUCCGCUCCGUUCUCCAAGGUGAAAGCAGAACAACAUGGACACUUGCUUUCUGACAGUUCAAGGGUCUCUCCUUCCAAACCAGUUGCAUGUCUGAUGGACGGACAGGAUGUAGUCCACGGCCAACAGAUCUUGGGCUGGAGCCUAAAACCACGCCCUGUCCUCCACAAGAUGCACUACGUCCGGGAAGACCGAAGUCUGGUGGUCCAGAAGGAAGGUCACUACUUUGUGUACUCCAAAGUGUACUUCGAGGACGUGAGCAUGUUCAGUCACUCGGUCGUCAUGCUCACCCGCAGACAUAACGAGGAGCUCAUCCCGCUCAUGCAGUCCAGGAAGUACUCCAGGAAGUAUUCCACCAAGGCGGAAGAAGACUCCAACAGUUUCCUGGGCGGAGUCUUUCACCUCCGCCAAGACGACGCCCUUUUUGUCAAAGUAAGCGACUCCUCCAAAAUCAUACGCCACAAAGCCUACGAGAACAUCUUUGGUGCGUUUAUGAUAUAACUCAGUCUUUAACUCUAUGGCCGGGGCCGCUUGUUGGGCCCUAAAGGGAUGUCCAAAAAUAUUUGUUCCUCAGCUGCCACAGCGAUGCUCGGUUGUAAUACACUUUUCUUCCACCUGAGGCAGUAGUGACAAUAUCAAACACACAGAAGAAGAGAAGUUUCUUAAGCGCAAAAAUUACGACUAAAGGGUUGAAAUUGUAUUUUCAUUUGCACCUACAUUUUAUUUAAGAAACAUUUUCAUUAUUAAUUGACUUCAAAUUAUUUAUUUUAGAUCUGCAUUAUUGAAUGUCAAUUCACUUUUAAUCUGUAUAUUUGAUUAGUACUUAAUAUCAUACAUUAUUAUUGUAAUUAACACACGGCUUCAUAUUAAUUAACAUGGUUGUAAACUGUAAGUUGGUUAUGAAUAAUUAUUGAAUAUGAUUAAAAUCAAGAGUAAGAUUA